CUGCCCGUUUUCCCGCCAGAUUCAGUCUUUGAAAAAUCUCUCUCAAUACAUUUAAUCAAACAAAAUCCCUUAAAUUCAAUCUCAAAUAAUAAUAAAGUCUUAAUCGAAGCAUUCAAGCUGGCUUCUAAUGGAGCUUCCAAACCCUGCUUCUUUCACUUCCCCAUUAGAGUUGUAUGCUCAUCUUCUUCAAAUAAGCCUCAAAUCCAAGACCCCAUUUGUUGGAAAAUCGAUCCACGCCCUAAUAGUGAAGUCCGGGCUUGAGUUUAGUGUAUUUUUGAAGAAUAACUUAAUGAAUUUUUAUGCAAAAACGGGGUCAGUUUUUCACGCCAAAAAGGUGUUCGACGAAAUGCCUAUUAGAACUGCGUAUUCGUGGAAUACACUUCUCUCGUGCUAUGCAAAACAAAAGAAAGUGGAUUUGACAUGUGGGGUUUUUAAUUCCAUGCCUUUUCGCGAUUCUGUUGCAUGGACUACAAUGAUUGUGAGUUGUAAAGAGAUGGGUCGUUUUAAGAAUGCUAUAAGAAUGUUCGCAGAGAUGGUUAAAGAGGGAGUCAUGCCGACCCAGUUUACACUUACCAGUGUACUUGCUUCGUGUGCAUCUGUUGGGGAUUUGGGAGUGGGGAAAGGGGUUCAUUCUUUUGUGGUUAAGUUUGGGCUUAGCGGGUGUGUCAAUGUUGAGAAUUCCUUGUUAAAUAUGUAUGUUAAGAUGGGGGAUGAAGUGACAGCGAAGGUUGUUUUUGAUGGGAUGAGAGUCAGGAAUGUAUCGAGUUGGAAUGUUGUGAUAUCAUUGCAUAUUCAGUCUGGUAGGCUUGACCUUGCUCGAGCUCAGUUUGAGCAAAUGAUUGAGCGGGAUAUUGUUACCUGGAAUUCAAUGAUUGCAGGGUAUAAUCAGCAUGGAUAUGAUGUUGAAGCAUUGGAUAUUUUUGCAAAGAUGCUGAGGGAUUCCUCUUUAGAACCCGAUAAAUUCUCCUUAGCUAGUGUUUUAGCAGCAUGUGCCAAUCUUGAGAAGUUGGAAACUGGGAAAGAGAUUCAUGCAUAUAUUAUAAGAACUGAGUUUGAUGUCUCUGGGGCUGUGGGAAAUGCUUUGAUUUCAUGUUAUGCAAAGUCUGGUGGGGUUGAAAUUUCUCAAAAGAUUGUAGAGCAGAGUGGAAUCUCAUAUCUUAAUGUUAUAGCAUUCACUGCACUACUAGAUGGAUACAUCAAACUUGGGGAUGUAGGCCCAGCCAGAAGGAUCUUUGACUCAUUGCGAGACCGCGAUGUGGUUGCAUGGACAGCCAUGAUUGUUGGCUAUGAGCAGAAUGGCUUGAAUAAUGAGGCAGUGGAGCUUUUCAGAAAAAUGAUUACAGAAGGCCCCAGGCCAAAUAACUACACUCUAGCAGCCAUGUUGAGUGUCAUUUCAAGCUUGGCUUCUUUGGACCAUGGCAAACAAAUUCAUGCAAGUUCCCUAAGAUCUGGUGAAGCAUCUUCAGUUUCUGUUAGCAAUGCUCUAAUUACAAUGUAUGCCAAAGCUGGAAGCAUAGAUUGGGCAAGGCAAGUAUUUCGUUUGAUUCAUUGGCAACAAGAGACUGUCUCUUGGACAUCCAUGAUUAUAGCUUUGGCUCAACAUGGUCUUGGGGAGGAGGCGAUACAACUGUUUGAGAAGAUGCUGGCACUUGGUAUUAAGCCUGACCAUAUAACUUAUGUUGGUGUCCUCUCUGCCUGUACACAUGUAGGAUUGGUGGAACAGGGUCAGAACUAUUACAAUUUGAUGAAAACUGUGCACAAAAUUGAACCCACCCCAAGCCACUAUGCAUGCAUGGUUGACCUGUUUGGGCGUGCUGGACUGCUACAAGAAGCAUACAAUUUUAUAAAAAAUAUGCCUAUUGAACCCGACAUAGUAGCAUGGGGUUCACUGUUAUCUGCUUCAAGGGUCUAUAAGAAUUUGGAGCUUGGAAAAAUUGCAGCAGAAAAUUUGCUCCAUAUUGAGCCUGACAACAGUGGAGCAUAUGCAGCCCUUUAUAAUUUAUAUUCAGCUUGUAAAAAAUGGGAAGAUGCUGCCAGAAUUAGAAAAUCAAUGAAGGAUGGAGGAGUAAAGAAAAGCCAAGGAUUCAGUUGGGUUCAGAUCCAGAACAAGGUCCAUGUCUUUGGGGUUGAAGAUGGAUUUCACCCGCAGAAAGAUGCAAUCUACAAUAUGAUGGCAAAAAUCUGGGAGGAGAUAAAAAAGAUGGGUUUUGUUCCUGAUACUGAAUCUGUAUUGCAUGACCUUGAGGAAGAGCUGAAGGAGCAGAUCCUUAGACAUCACAGUGAGAAACUUGCUAUUGCGUUUGGGCUGAUAAGUACUCCAGAGAAGACUACAUUGAGGAUCAUGAAGAACCUCAGAGUUUGCAAAGACUGCCACUCUGCCAUUAAAUUUAUCUCCAAGCUUGUAGGCAGAGAAAUCAUUGUUAGAGAUUCUACUCGUUUUCACCAUUUCAGAGAUGGGUUCUGUUCUUGUAGGGACUAUUGGUAGGCUAAAGGUUGGGAUGCUGGAUUUGAAGAAAUUCCAAUUGUCAAGCGAAAAACAAGUUCUUCAAAAUCUUAACCAAAGCUAAAGGUUUCUUAAGUCUUAACCAAAGCUGUGUAAUGGUUUCUACUGUCCUACCGUAUCUGUGCAUCUUUAAUGCUUUGGACUCAUUCUCUUCAAGUUGCGGCUUAACCGUUCUGCUCUUCGAAAACCAUCUUAAUGGCACAAUACUUGAAAAGCGACUAAUCGACGAUAAGCUGUAGGAACAACAACCAAAUACAUCACUUAUUCACGAAUUGUUUAUGAAUGCGGGUGGAGGUAUUAUCUCGCAGACACACUGAGAAGAACUCCUUACAAGAGUGUAUCUCCUCAGUUUCUACAAUAUUCAUUUCCUAUUUCAUUUCAUGUCUACAUGGAAAAUCAAUCGUCUUCUAUCAAAUUGAAAUCAAACAGUUAAUGUAAUUAUUCUAUUUUUGUAUAAUUUGAAUAUAAAUAAAUCUAUGUAUUCAUAUUUAAAUUAAGAAUACAUAGAUAGAGUAUCUACAUGUAACUUUAUCUCUUCGUCCUAUAAAUAUAGAGGACUAACACAAAGGUAGGAGCUUCUAAGAAAAGACCCAAAAGAGAAGCUAGAAUUUUGAGUUGGAGUUGAGCUUCCACUAGAGAUAUUACACAUAGGAUAUUCUUUUUUGUGAUCACUAUAUAAUACUUUGUUUAAACACAUAGAGAUUAAUAACAAAAUUGUGGAUGUAGAC